AUGUCCACAGGCGUUCAGAGACAAGCAUUUGGUGGUGAGCGCAGGGUACGCCUCGUUUCGGACGAUCCCUAUGGACCCGCGCAGAGAUGUGCUUGCCCAUGUUUUGGAGAAGCUGAGUCAUUGGUUCCGAGGUUGAAUGACAAACCGCAAGAAGAGAACGAGAAAGCCCGCGUUGAAGCACUAUUGGCGCCCUUGGUGUACGGUGAUUCACCGCUCCACCACAUGGCAGCCAACGAUUGGAUUUUCAUUCAGGGCACGAAUCGCGGUGGCCUGUCUGUGGCCGACUCGCUGGGCGACCGCUUGCUCAAGGACCAUGGCGUUUGCAGUUCUGUGGUUGUGCUUGCGGCUGUGGACCUCUGCUUGAUCAUGGCUGGGCAUGUGGCAGUUUCUGAUUCUAAUUGUGCCGUCAAGAAGGUUGCCAAACACAUUCCAGCCGGCCACCGAGGCGCCUGGCGCGAGGAAGAGUUGUGA